GUCAUUCUGAAUUGUGACUUAGUAGAAGCUAGUGAAAAUUCAUCAGAGGGAAUGAUAACAAUUUUGCAAAAUGUGAAUAAACUGGUUUUCCAAGCUGUUGAAAAAGAUCAGAAAAUAAUGGACAGGGUUGUUUUUGGUGGAGAUGUUCUCACCAAUGAGCGAGCAUUUACAGCUCAAGAAGCCAUGCAAAAUGCAAAAUCAGAUUAUGAUAUGCUUGGGGGGCUUGUUCACAGGCCAGAAGGUUUUCACAGGGAGAUGAACUUCUUAUUGGUAACACACCCUGUUCAGGAAUGUUUUAGUUCCAGUUGUUUUUGCUUUUAUGAAUUAGAGUAAGUAUUUUGCAGAGAUAAUAUAGUACUUAUAAUUUUACUUACACAUGAAGUGCCAUACAUAUUUUCAUCUUUAACUUUGCAAUGACAAAUAGGUGGAAAUAUUGUGAAACUCUGCAGACUUGCUCAUGUUCUUUGCAUCCAGAUUAUCAAUUUGGCUUUAAAAUUUUAGGAAUAUUUCAACUAUUCUACACUGAGAGCAGUGCAUCAGACCAGGGUUCCCUAUACAAACUGAGGAAUGCUAUCAACCGUCGGUCAGUGACUGGGUCAAAGGAAGUUACAAAUAACUUCAGAUCCCAUCAUCAAUUCAUCCAGGAUGUGACAGAUUCCUACAUUGUGUCAACAUUUUUGGACAUCAUGGACAUGGAGGAAGUUACAUCACAACCCUCACAUGCUCCUGUUUUUUCAUUAAUGAACAAUGACAACAAAAUGGAAUGGAUUACCAAUGUUGCCACAGAUGUUCUUAAUGCACUUGGCCUAAAUUCCUGGAAAAGUUUCUUAGACAUAAGAUCACACUUGGAAGAUCUAAGUACUGAUGAUGUACAGAUAGAUGCCAUGAAACAAGACCUUUCUUUCUCUUGUGCAAUGUGUGGGAAAACAUAUAUUAGGAAGUGUUGGCUUAAGAAACAUCUACUGAAAAAGCACAACUGGAUCUUUCAUGAAAUUACAGAGUUAUCAGAUCCUGAUCAACCACUUACAUCCUUUCUAAGGAUGUCCCUUCUCUACCGUGAUACCUGUGAUGCAUACAAAAUGGGUGACGGGGACCGUAUCAUGCGUAAUGCCAAGUUUGAGUGGUUGUAUGCCUCUGCUUUAAGUCACUCAAAGUAUAAGAUCUGGUUGUGGAGAAUGCUCACAUAUGUUAAUUCUAUUCUUCCACCUGACCAGGCAUUUGAGUAUAUGUGGAAUAUGACUGUAAAUCUGAAGGGCGGCAUUUACAACAAUAUCCUUAAUGACAACUGUGUAGAACUGCAAGUGUGCAACAUCAAGAGAGAACUCAACACACAAGGAGCAAAUAAAUCCUUUCAAUCAGCAAAAACAAUUUGCAUGACUACACAAGUCAUUGACAGCAUUAAAGAUCAGCUUUUGAGGACUACCAAAAUAGUGAAGUCGUCAAGACACAGGCCGGAUGUUGAUAAAACAGUUGAUAUCAUUACUAUGGUUAAAUCUUUGAGAAGCAAAGGACCAGUGUCAGAUCUUUGCUGGGAGAGUUUCUCCAAAUUUAAAGAUCCGAUUCACCAAAUUGACAUUCUUAAAUUACAUGAAUGGAUACAUGAACAAAAGAACAUUGCUGACUUGUACAUGUAAACUUAUUAGGGCCAAGCAUGAAAUGGGAAUUACAAUGUCCAUCUGUUUAUCUAACUCUGUCAGUUU